AUGGCAGCCGGUAAGUUUCACAUAGAGCCGCCAGAUCCUGGCUACACCGCGCCUCAGAGCCUCCAGAGCCUGACUCUUUCGUCGUUCCAUCAAUCCCAACCAGGACCACCGCCCGGCCUCGGCAUAGCAGCACCACCAGCCGCAGCGUUACCACCCAAUCCGUUCGGCACCAACGGCUCCCAACACUCUCACAAGUCGCCCUUGCACCACCACUCCGACCUCCAAACACCCGUCAAAUAUGAGCGUCCAUCCGACUGCCCUCGCACCUACAGCCGUGGUGCACUUCUCGCCUUCAGCGCUUCCACUCUGGUCGUAAAGCCAUCCUCCAUGGCCUCCCUUCGCGAAUGGUUUGGCGAGUGGGAAGCCUAUCACCCCAAGAGCUCCUACAACUACCGCGAAAACUCUCGCAGAGCCCACGCCGAAGACGCUGCUGCCGCACACGCAGCAGCAGCCGCACACGCAGUCGAGUCGGAAGAAGGCGCCAACAACGGCGGUAUCAUCGGAGGCGCGCUCGGAGGUUUCGCGCCCAGGAGGGAAGGCGCCGGCGCGCGCUUCGGAGGAAGGAGGAACGAAGACCGCGAACGCAGCGAAGGCCUCCGUCUCGGCGAAGUCGGCGGCCGCAGAGUCGCACCCGCCGGAAAGAACCCGUUCGGUCAGAUCUCGGCCAGCGGCACUUUCAAGCCAGCAGGCACUCCCGGUGGUGGACGCGGCCUUCCUCGCGACGCCAACCCCGACGCCAUGGGCGAUGUUCGCCGCGGAAUGGGAGAACGCUCCACCUCGUACGGCAAGGACCGGAUGCGCGAGCUGCUUCCCGACGACCGUAGACGCGACCCGGCUCGCGACCGACGACGUGGCGAUCGAGGCCUCGACGCCGACGACAGUCGCGAGGAAGGCGAGAUCGUCGAUUCGCCCAGGACACGACGCACCGGUGGCGCAGACACCGCUUCCGACUGGAGGAGACCCGGCGACCGCGACCGUGCCGGACCCUUCUCCAGCCUCCCAUCCGACCGCUUGCGCCCGGGCGAGCGACGAGGAGCUCAGCGUGCAGGCGGAGCUCCCUGGACAGGCGAUGCGGACGACAAUCCGGCUUGGCUCGAAGACGACUCGGAACCCCUGCCCGUCGACAACCGAGCUCCCUUUGGACAGUUCGGCAGCCGUCGAAAGGACGCUGACGACCCGCUUUCGCAAGCCGAUGGCAUGGGCGGCGCCGUCGAUAGCAUUCAGGCCUUCAAGGCUCAGAUGAAGGAACGCGAGCGUCGCGAGAGGCUCGCGCGCGGCGAACCCGAGCCCGUCGAAAAGGCGCCGCUCGAAUCUCACUCCGAAUCCCUGGGUGCGGAGCGACACUCGUCGCACGAGUAUCCCUUCGGCUCCGAUGCUGCCUCGCAACAAUCCGAGCUCGACGCCAUUCGCGCAGAAAUGAUGGCUGCCGCCAACCAACGCUCCGCAUCCGGCAACUCGAUGUUCGACAGCAUCUCCAACAGCCACGGCGGUGCGGGAGCCGAGGGACAAGCGCCACCCGGCCUUCCCGGACGCUCUAGCCGAUUCGCCCGAUUCUUCGACGGACGCGGCGCACCGCCGCGCGACCCCCAAGCUGCCGCCCUUGCUGCACAGCAGAAGAUGCUCGAAUCCAUGGGCGCCCAGCCUGCGCCGCCCGCCUCCGACGACAAGGAGGCCUCCAACAUCCACAGCCCCAAAACGCCCCAAAACGCCUCCUCGUCAUCGAUCAACAUCUCGGAUCUCUUCAGCAAGUCGUCCAUCCGCGACAAGCCAGACGCGACGGGCAAGGACGCCUCGGGCAAGAAUGUGUCGGAUGCGGACCAGCAGAGCAUGCAGAAGCUCAUGGCCAUGCUGCAAGGCGGCGGCGGCGGUGGAGCAAGCGGCGCGGGAACGCCCACGUCCAACAAGGAGCAUGCCAACGAGCAUGCGCACCACCAUCAGCGAGCCGACACGGACGACCGACUCAAGGAGCUUCUCGGUGGUGGCGGCCAAGCUCGUCAUGCCGACCACCUCGGCGAUCGACCUCGCAGCAUCGUCUCUCCCGGCCUCUCGUCCGCCGAGGCUCAUGGUCACGCCAUGGAAGCUCGCUCGCCGCUGCCCUACCCGCAGCAACAGCAGCAGCAGCAGCAUCAGCGCGAAUCGAGCACGUCGUCCGGCGGCGUGGGACACGGACAGCAUUUGGGUCCGCAGCACCAGCACCAGCACCAGCAGCCGCACGAGUCGCAGCAGCAAUUCCCGCAGUACCAGCAGCAGCGGUCCGACUCGCCCGCCAUGGGCGGCGGCAACGCGUACAACGAUCCUCGUCAGCAGCUCAGCAGUGUGGGAUCGCCCACGAGCCCGGGCGCGCCGGGCGUGGGCUCUCCGGGCGCAGCGCCGGGUAUGGGAGGCUUUGGCGGCUUCGCGGGCGCGAUGGCGGGCCGACCGCCGCCGCCGGGCAUGGAUCCUCGCAUGAUGGCGCGGCCGCCGAUGGGCGCGCCCGGGUUCCAGCAGCUGCCGCCGCACCUGGCCGCGAGCCUGGGGCUGGCGCGCGGACCGAUGCCGCCGGGUAUGGGCAGCAUGCCGCCUCCGCCGCCCAUGGGGGUGCCCGGACCGCGCGGACCCAACGGUGGCUUCCCCGGCUUCGCGCCGUUCCCGGGCGGACGUCCGCCGCCGCCCGGAAUGCCGCCGCAGCUGUACCAGCAGCUGAUGAGCAUGCCGCCGCACAUCCAGCAGCAGGUGCUGGCGGGACAGGGAUUCCCGCCCGGCAUGCCGCCACCGCCGGGAUCGCCGUAUGAUCCCAGUGCGCCCGAGCGCAGGUCGCAGUCGCCCGCACAGUUCCCGUACUAUGCCCAGGGACCUGGGGGUAUGCAGCCGCCAGCGUCGCCCCAGCAGCAUCAGCCGGUGGCCGUGGGAGCGCAUGCGAUCAAUGGCGCCAAUCUCAUGGCGCUGCUUAGCGGCGGUAGGAACACGCCUACAAACUGA